AUGGCACCGCUACUACCAAAGCCUGUGAAGGAGUUGGUGUUUGCGGAUAGGUUCAACAGACCGCUGUUGCCAGACAUGUUCCCAUAUGGAGUGAUGACCAUUCGCUUUGGAAAACACUUUAACCAACCGUUUACCGCACCCAUCCUUCCCCAAUCGGUCAUCUGCAUCAUCUUUGGCCGUGACUACAACUGUCUGAUAAACGCAGGUAUCCUGCCACAGAAGCUGCGCUCACUCAUCUUUGGCGAGCACUUCAACCAAGUAUUGAAGCCUCACAGUCUGCCCUCGUCGCUCACCUCCCUCACACUGGGCACAUACUUUAAACAACCGAUUGGCGAUAAAGUGUUGCCAGAGUCACUCACGUCGCUUCAGUUUGGCAGGCUGUUCAAUCACCCGUUCACCGCACACACGCUGCCGGGCAACCUUAGCGAGCUCACCCUUGGCAACGACUACUCCCAGAUCAUCCCGCGCGAGGUCCUGCCCAACUCGCUGACAUACCUUUGCAUUGGCGACCAAGACCUGAGUCACGUGCUCACGUCCGGCGACGACUUUCGCCAUCUGGAGAAGGAUGUCAUGUACACGCUCACGUACGACGACUCGCAGAAUGGCAUCACCAUCGCCAACCAACAGUCACAGAAGUGCCACUUCCUCGUGGUCACGCCUGGCGAAGAGCGCAACAUGAUGAUCAAGAUUGAGUGGACCCCCAAGUCAUUCCAGAGCGAUGGUCAGUGUCACGUAUUCAUAUCAUGCGCAUGA